CAUCUAAAACCUCAUCAAAACCUCUGAAAGAAGCGGUAAUACAAAAUACCAGCAAACCAACACUGACAGUGUGAAAGUUGUCUCCACAAACCAAAAUGCUGAGUGGAGCGUGUGGCCUCCGCGCGUGUUGCCUACGGCUUCCGUACUCGCUGGAGAGGCCCCUCCUCCGGGCCGCUACAUUGCGAUUCAGGCACCGCCGGCGCGUGUUUUCCACCGCCCGUGCAGCUUCCGGCGCGAAAAAGCAGAAGGUGAUUGUGAUAUCUGGGCCAACCGGCGCCGGGAAGACCCGGCUCGCUAUAGAGCUCGCCAAGCGGCUCAAUGGAGAAAUCAUCAGCGCCGAUUCUGUCCAGGUAUAUCGAGGUCUUGAUAUUGGAUCUGCGAAGCCUUCUCCGAGUGAUAGACAGGAGAUACCACAUCAUCUUGUUGACAUAUUGCAUCCAUAUGAAGAUUAUUCUGUUGGGAAAUUCUUUGAGGAUGCAAGGCAGGCUACAAGAUGUAUUCUUGACAGUGGCCGCGUUCCAAUAGUUGCUGGAGGUACUGGAUUGUACUUGCGGUGGUUCAUGUAUGGAAAGCCAGACGUUCCAAAAGCUUCUUGUGACAUUGCCUCCGAAGUAUAUUCAGAAUUAGCGGAUUUACAGAGAGAUGAAGACUGGGAUGCAGCAGUGCAGUUGGUGGUCAAAGCAGGUGACCCAAAGGCCCAAUUUAUAGCUGUCAAUGAUUGGUAUCGGUUACGGCGUAGCCUUGAGAUUAUCAAGUCUAGUGGAUCACCUCCAUCUGCUUUUCGGGUACCAUAUGAUUCUUUCAGGGAACAAUGCAGUAGUGUAAUAGACAGCUCUCAUGAUGUCAACUCUUCCGCUGAUGCACUCAAGGAAAAUGAAUCAAAGGAUUUGGAUUAUGACUUUAUUUGUUUUUUCCUCUCUACCCAAAGAGUUGAUCUCUACAAAUCAAUUGACUAUCGGUGUGAAGAUAUGCUUUCAGUAGGAAACGACGGGAUUUUGUCUGAGGCCAGAUGGCUUCUUGAUACAGGUCUUCUACCGAAUUCAAAUUCUGCAACUCGUGCAAUCGGUUACAGACAAGCAAUGGAGUACUUAUCACAUUGUAGGGAGCAAGGAGGUAGCAGUUCUCCUGGAGAAUUUUUCGCUUUUUUAUCUGACUUUCAGAAAGCAUCUAGAAAUUUUGCAAAAAGGCAAUUGACAUGGUUUCGUAAUGAGAGUAUAUAUCACUGGCUUGAUGCUUCUAAGCCUCUGGAACAAGUGCUGAAUUUCAUUUAUGACUCAUACCAUGACGACAGUGGAGUUUUGGUGGUGCCUGAAGCACUAAGAAUGAAGAAAGAUCUUUCUGGCCGCCGAGAAACUGCCGAACUUAAGGCCUACCGCACAAGAAAUAGGCAUUUUGUCAGUCGUCAAGAUUGUUCUGAUAUUUUAGACUGGAUAAGGAGAACCCAAGGAUGAAGCAAUGAAGUUCAUCUAUUCACUCACUUGAACUAAAGCUCAUUUUGACUUUAAUCGGAAUGAGACAAAUUUUAAUCUCUUGGCUCGUCGACUCCAGCUAAUCGUCACUUGAGAGAGAGGCUGGGGGUGGGCAUUUUGUCACUCGUUUUUCUUUUAGAGAGAGAUGGGCGGAUUGAAGAGGAGAAAGGCUGCCGGAAUGUUUUUGGAUUAGUGGUAAUGUUUUCUGAUGCAACAUAUGCCGCUAAAUUCUUGCAUGGUAUUCUUUGUCCUGACACAAAAACUUGUUGCUGAAUGAUAUUAUCGAUAAGAUAACUCUAUCCAUAGUAAGAUGAUGGUUGUAUUAAAUUAACCUUUUGGUCAUUAUAAUCUAGCUAAUUGUCUUGGUUUUUGGAAUUCUGGGUGACUGUUUCCCCGGAAGACUGAUGGUUAGUUAAGAACUUUCAAUUGCACCAUCUCUGUGGGUUAUCCUCCUACCCAAGAGGAAUAUUCUGUGGUAAUUUAACACUACUUUUCCUCCUGUGUGAGAUUGAAAUAUUUAAUUGAAGGAAGAGAUUAAUUAU